UCGAUCAACACGAUAUCAGAAUCAAAGCUUUGGAACAGAAACUGGAAGAAAUUGAGAGAGAGAAAGUAAAGAAGUGCUCGCCGACGUCAUUUUUAGACACCUGGGACAUGGCAUCUUUAAUCAUGGAAAAAGCUCGAGAAACUGCAAUAAAUGUUCCAAAUGAUUCUCAAUGUCAAACAACAUGUCGACCAGGCAAGAAAGGCCCGGAAGGUGCAAAAGGUGAUAUUGGACCGAAAGGACAAAAUGGUGCCACGGGAAGUCAGGGAGCCAAAGGAGAAAGUGGAACACCAUGUAAUUGCUCACGUUAUGAUGAGUUAGCACGCAAAUUUCAAAUCCUCGAAGAAGAAAAAGCUCGUGAAUUACAACCCGUAGAAGAUGGUUGGUAUCGUGUUCACAGUUACCCAUAUUGGUACAAAUUGGUCAAUGUAUCGUCGGACUAUCAAACAGCCAGAAAAUACUGUGAACUCAUGGGUGGUCGAUUAGCAGCAAAUGGUAUUCGGAACCCAACUAUUCGCAGCGAUCUUCUCGACACGUUCAUCAAAAGAACAGGAACUCCGAUCUGGAUAGGACUUGACGAUCUUGAGAAACAUGACAACUGGAAAUGGUCGGAUGGAGUUUCAUCAACUUCUUCUAAUACACCAUGGGGCAAAGACGAACCCGAUGGUCCAGAUCAAAGAUGUGCUUGUAUGCACAAUUAUCUGGAAUAUCAGAUAGCAGAUGUGCUGUGUAUUUUCAAAAAUUUCUACCUUUGUGAGAAGUAAUUGAAAAUUUCCCUUGUUGCUUUCGAUUAAUGGGAAUAAUCUCAACAAAAGAAGAAGCAAUAUUUAUUGUCACUCUGUUAAAAUAUGGCUACGACUUGUCAGUGUUCCAAAAUUGAGUAAAUUGCAUUUUCAUUUCCAAAUUUUUGCUGUCGACUUUUUUGUGGAUUCACUGUAAACUCGAUCUUUAACAACAACCAUUUUCAUUAUAAAAUCAUGUAUUAUGAGUAUCGACCAUAUUGAAUUUAAUUUAAUUGUUGAGUUUAAGUUUUUAU